AUGACGAAAUCCAUUCAUAAGAUGAUGGGAAACAAGGCAAAGGGGACCCGAAUUCACAGCACUGCUGAAAUUUAUUCCAAAACAGGUCUCGCAACCGAUGUCCGAGAUAAGUUGGAAGAGGCUAUUGCAUCAGGCUCUGUUGUUACAAAGGCCGAGAGAUUUGUCGCCAUGAAAAAGCUUACAAAAGAGGCAUACGAGGCAGCACAUCCUGAGGUGCAAGCGCUAUGCUUGGCAAAAGUGCAGGAGGAACGUGAGACAAAGGCUAGUCAACUACUCAAGCCCAAAACACAAGAAAGGACAAAUUUGGAGGCUCUUGAAGAAUGUACUGGUCCCAUCGCACACUUCUUGCAAGCUAUCCAUGAGAUGACUGGCUUCCAUUGGACUGUUCUCGGCGCUGGACCUGACCCUCGAUAUAAUGGUGACAUCAAUAUGAUGAGUUACCAUACAGGAGUCAAUGAGUACGGGCAAAACUGGAAGCAGGCCACUCCCGAUUUCGAUGAUAAGCACAUCAAGCCAUAUGUUGCCUUCAUUUCGAGUCUUUUUCCUCAUACACCUAUCGCUGUCGCCGAAAACACGCACCAGCCUCCUCCUGACACUUGGUAUUCUAUUCAGCAUCCAGAUGAUCUGAUUUCUUUUGACACAGGAUAUGAUUUCGUCGCCGACUCACCAUCCUCACCAUCAUUUUCGCCCAUCUCCACAUGGAAGAGAGACAUGCUUCCUACCUCUCCUCCACACUUUCGUCUGCAGGUCUUGGCUGCAAACUUUGCAUCUUCAACUUCCCCUUCUGACAUCAUUGGAGGGUCUUCUCCAACACCUUUCAUCACUCCGCCUAUGUUUACCUUCCCUCCACUCCCAGCCCCACCACUGGCACCCUGGUCCUUCGACGCCAGCUCCGCCUAUGUUUACCUUCCCUCCACUUUCAGCCCCACCACUGGCACCCAAGUCCUUCGACACCAGCUCCUGUUUCAUUUCCUCCACUCCCAGCCCCACCACUGGCACCCGGUCCUUCAACUGCCAGCUGUUUCAUCUGUAACAGUGUCCGGGAAUCUCUCAAGUGCCAAUGGGUCUAGGAUAGAUACCUUGGUGGGCGUGGAAGCGCUGGCUGCUGUUGUAGUACUAGAAGCUGUCCGAGUUGAUUCGGACAGGAACGUUACCACCUCCUCCGAACCCAUAAGUGAAGGCAACGAACUUCGCUCAGCAUGCGCCGAGAAUCUUCCUGCCAGUGGCAAGCGCAUUCAAAAGGUUCUCGCAGACCCAGAAAUACCCACCAAGUCGACUAGCAGCACCCUGCCUGUCAGGAAAACUGGACGUCUUCGAACAGAGACGACUCGAUUGGUGCAGGCCAACAACAUCGGCCAAAAUCCCAAGCGUCCAAGACCCGCUGAGUCCCAGAGCGAGCAUCGUAAGAAAAGAAAGUAA